AUGAAUACACAACCAAUACUCAAGGCUUUUUACAAUGACACCGCGAUCGAGGACUGGGACCUUCAGAAAGUAGCAGAUUAUGAUUCUGAAUUUGAGAUGACGCGUAAAAGAAAAGCUCGGGAAAUCCUUGACAAUUGGAAGCGCAAGCUGGGACUCUUAGUCUUCAGUGAUGAAUUCUUGGUUCGACGCUUAGUGCAAACUGGGACUCUUGAAAUGGUCUACACAGAAGAAAAACCUGAAGCAUUCCAAUGGCGUGAAUAUUGGGAGUUUACAAGAACAAAAAAGGAUGAUCACGAAAAGUUACAGAAAACUCCCGAGCAUAAAAUAUAUUCAGAUUUCUUCGUUCCCCCAACCACAAGAAGUGAAAGUGACGAUAAAGAAACUGACAGUGAUAACUUUAGCCCGGAUAAGCGAGACCCUAAGAAUUUUACAGUUUUUUUUUUGGAUGAUUCGGUUGCGUUUGAUGAAAAUGAUGAUGGCAAUCCCUAUAUGUUUCAAGAUAAGAAUAUAUCUGCGCUAUUUACAUCAUAUCGUUUAAAUGCACAGCAAAUGGCGCGGGAAUCGGGUUUAUCUAUCGAGACAGAUUACCAUGAAAUAUUGAGCUUAUCACAUAUUUUAUUAUUACAAGCUGAUAACUUCUCGGAUCUGCAGAUUGAACAAUUUUCCGGUGAUACUCUAGUAGAUUUUCAUAAACAUAUGCGCAAUACAUAUAUAAUUAAAAACAAAGUCGCACAAAGCGUAAAGGCGAUAUUUCGAGAAUGCAUCGAGAUUGCACUUGAUGAAGAUCUCGGGCCGAAAGAAGCAGAAAAAACUUUAGAACGAUCAUUCACAAAGUCUUUUGAUGAUCCCAUUGAUCAGAAAAAGUUCGAAAGGAUGCGCACAGACUAUAGUUGCAUAUUUCGAAAAGCAAUUCGAUCCACUCAAGAUACAAUUUUAUACUGGUAUCACUUUACCACAAAAUAUGACAAAAGAAUAGAUAAGAUUUCUGUCAGCAAUAAAGUCGGUAAGAAAAAAGCAACUAGCUUAGUAUAUCGUGAAAUUAAACAGCUUCUUCCUGAUAUCACAGAUGCGAACCUGUGUCAUAUAAUUCUCAAGGCUAGAAAAAUAAGAACACUUUUUAGUGCAGUAGAAGUAGAUAAGAUUAAACAAGUCUCUUAUAGUGCAAAUGCGAUUUCUGGUCUUUUUUAUACCCAAAUCCAAAAUAUUAUAGAGUAUGUAGCUAAUUCUAAAUCGAAUUCUAAUACUUCUGGCUCAACGAAAUUACUAGAUACAAAGGUAAGUGAAUCAGCUACAUUUCCUAUUUAUCCAACUUAUAUCUUUAAUCAUUUGGGUUCAGAUGAUGUGACAAGUACACCUACCAAAUCCCAAGUCUCUGACUUGAAAGUCAAGAAGGUCUCAGAAUAUAGUAAUGAAAAUGCUAAUUAUUAUGGGAUUAAUGUUGAAUCAUUAUGCCCAAUAUGCAAGUUAAAUCACGAGGAUGAAGACGGUAUAAAAGGGGAAUAUAAAGAUGGAUCAUACUAUAUUAAAUGUGAAGCAUCUAAAUCGGACACUUUGUGUCUAACCCCUAAAUAUUUGGAUUGGCAGGGUAAAUUAAUUGGUAUUUUAACAGAUAAAAAUCGUUCCAAGUUAUAUAAAAGAUAUAACGAAGAAACUAGACUCGAUCCCUGGAUAAACUCUGAAACUUCUGAAUCCUCACAAAGUGAAAGUGCUAAUAAUCAUCUUUCACGAGACUAUUUUUUUAAAUAUACUGAUUCAGAAGCUAAAUGUCCAAUAUGUGAAGAAGUACAUACUCGUUUAGGAAUAUGGGACGACUGGAGUUGGCUAGGUAAAAAUGACCACUAUUAUCUUAAUUGCCCUUUUCGUAUCGAUCAAAAGAAAGCUAUAACUGUCAUACAGUGUUUGGUAGAAGGUGUGCCAAACAAAUCUCGGGAGGUAGAACCUCAUUACUCUCACGACUCAUCAAUUCAUCCAAACAAACCCCGCCUUUAUCAAUAUGCAGUUGAACAUGGAAUGGAUCCUGAGAAAUUUUCGAUCGUUACUGAGGCUGAGAAAAAUAGAUGGGCCAUGGGG